GACCUGCUCCAAGACGCUCUCUGCUGUCGCUCAACGCGAAAGACUUUCAGUGAAAAUAAUUGAAUUCGCCUGAUUAUAAUCUUUAGAUCGGCUUGUAUAAAUACUUUCAUUCCAUGUCGAAAAGUGUAUCGCAAUAAUAACAAAUAUUACGUCGAUAUCAACUUGCCUUAGCCAUAAAAAAAUUGUGAAAUUGUAUCAAAUGGUUUCUUUAGCGCCAAGAAUUAAACUUAGCAAUGGUCAAGAGAUUCCAUCAAUCGGUCUCGGCACUUGGCGAUCGCAUGAAUCAGAUGCAGAGCGUUCGGUAAAAGAUGCCAUAGAUUUAGGUUACAGACAUAUCGACACAGCAUUCGUAUAUGAAAAUGAAAAGGAAGUUGGAAGUGCUAUCAAUUCAAAGAUUGCUGAAGGUAUCGUUAAUCGUGAAGACAUAUUUGUUGUCACAAAAUUGAGUGGCAUUCAUCACGAUCCACAAUUAGUGGACCAUGCUUGUCGCAAAAGUCUCUCCAAUCUGGGAUUAAGCUACAUCGAUUUAUAUCUGAUGCACUUUCCUGUAGGUCAAAUUCACAAAGGUGACGAUAAUGUACACGGAACAUUAGAACUCUCCGAUGUAGACUACCUGGAUACUUGGCGAGCUAUGGAGAAGUUAGUGGAUUUGGGCUUAGUAAUCGGAAUUGGUCUUUCUAACUUUAAUGAGCAACAAACACAGCGCAUAUUACAAGAGUGUCGCAUACGUCCUUUAGUCAACCAGGUGGAGUGCCACCCAGGCUUUAAUCAAAAAAAUCUAAUUGCGUUUUCAAAACAAUGUGAUAUUGUUAUCACAGCGUAUUGUCCUUUAGCACGGCCCAAGCCAGAUCAACAGUGGCCACCAUUCCUUUACGAUAGUACUGCAAACGAUUUAUCUAAAAAAUAUGGAAAGACACCAGCACAAAUAUGUUUACGUUAUCUGGUACAAUUGGGCGCUAUACCGAUUCCAAAAUCGGUUUCCAAAAGUCGCAUAGCGGAAAAUUUUGCAAUUUUCGAUUUUGAAAUAAACGACGAUGAUAUGAAAAUAAUUGAUGACUACAAUACCGGUCAACGUUUGAUACCUUUUUCUGGUAUGAGUCACCACCAGUAUUUUCCAUUCAAUUCCAACGACGAGUAGCACUUUAUAUUUUAUUAUAUAUGUAUGUAUAUAUGUUUGUUUUAAAUAAAUAUAUACUUAUAUAUUACU